AGCCCGUUGAGUCAGUCCUGAGUGAACCCGGGAGCACCACCGCCUUUAAUUUCAGGGCUUCAUGAAGAAAUAUUUAGUCAGUUACAUGUGUUGUUGGAAUAAUCAAGAUUAUAUGAACACAUGAUUUUGUCGCCUGUUACCAUGGAAACUGGGGUUACCGUGCCAGACCACGCCGGGAGCAACGCAGCAGACGAGCCUGGAAACGCCUUGAAAACCGCUCACGAAGCUAAACCCACCAGGCGCCAGCCCCGCCGCCGUGCCGUGGCCGCAGUGGGGAGGCGGAUCCAGAAGGGAAAGAGGAGGAACCCCACUGAGAAAAGGAGUGGCCAGAAGGUGAAGAAGCGUGGGAAGAAAGAGAAAAGGCAGGGCCAAGAGGAGAACGAGGAGGGCGUGACAGUGAAGCGGACGUGGAGUGACUCAAAGCGGCGUUACGAUAAGAGACAUUACUGUGUCUUCUGCCGGCGGCCGCAGGUGAAGAUCGCUCGCCACCUGCUGAGGCAGCACGCCGACGAGGAGGAAGUGGCCAUGGCCAGCGCCCUGCCCAUGGGCUCCAAACAGCGCCACCUGCUGCUGGACCAGCUGCGCUGCAGAGGGAACUACCUGCAUAACAUUGAGGUGAUCCGGCACGGCAGCGGUGAGAUCAUUCCGUGCCGGCGGCCUUCGGAAGAGGUGGAUUCUGGGAAUUAUCUCCCCUGCCCACUGUGUCUGGGGUUCUUCCUGCGCCCAGUCCUCUGGAAACACCAGGCCUUCUGCCGUAAGAAGCUGACCUCUGACCCCGCUGUGGAUGGCACCACCCGCCUUCCCAAAGACAUGACCUCUGACCCUGCCGAGAUCAUGACCUGCCAUCCUGUAAGUGACAGGAAGUCUGAGUCCACGGAGGACACACUGACUGUUGACCACACUGAAACUCAGGUAACCCAGAUCACUGGCCUGUCUCCAGACCAGACUACGACCUCUGACCCCAGAAUGGACCAGCCCAGGAAGCGUUUCAGGGUUCAAGCUGCGGCGUCACGCCUCCUGCCCAUUUCUGGCGGCGCAUCUGAAAGCUGCAGUGAAAUCCUGCACCGCAUGAACCAGGACCACAUAUCCCAGCAGGUCAAGUCUGACUGGUUAAUCUGUAAAUAUGGGAACAAACUGAUGGAGAACAAAGAUGGCAGCCCGAAGAGGUAUGACUAUGUCAGCCAGAAGCUGAGGGACCUGGGCAGGUUCGUCCUGGCUGCCAGGUCCCUGGACUCUGACGUACAGAACCUUCACGACAUCUUGGCUCCCGGAAAACUGAGCCUGGCGCUGGCUGCCGCCCGAAAGGCCUCGGGGUACCGCUGGAGCCGCCCCCCAUUGGUCGUCAAGACGACGCUGAUGACCGUUUGUGAUCUCGCCAUCGCCGAAAACGUCCAGGAGGGCGACUGGGAGGCCGCAGCAAAGACCACUGAAUUCUUCAACCUGCUGGGACAGGACUGGGACACGCUUGGACUCAUGAUACCAGACACAGCGCUUGCUGUAGGUGGGACACAGGUGAAGAAAAGGUCAGUCAAACCAGGAAAUGAGAAGAAGGACACCAUCCAGGGCCCAGAACAACCUGGUCCGAGGCCACAAUCUGAGGAUUCAUUGAAGGUGGGCAGCCGACCAGAGAACUCUACUCUUCCAGAGUCCAGACUACAGAGUCCAGUCAGCGGCUCUUUAGCGCCCAGAAAGUUCCACCGGCGUCCGUGGUCGCCUGCAGAGAAGCAGGCAGUCUGGAGACAGCUGGAAGUUCACGUCCUCGCCCAGUCAGUACCAGGGAAGGAGGCCUGUCAGCGCUGUCUGGACCUGGAGCCUGUCCUCAGAGGACGCCACUGGAAAGACAUUAAAAACCAGGUGUACAAUCAGAUCCAGAGCCAGAAGAAGCAGCUGUUCCAUGCCCAGAUGAAUCUCCAGGAGAACCAGGAAGAACAGCAGCCGAUCCAGAACCAGAAGAAACAGCAGUGCCAUGCCCAGAUGGACCCACAGAAUAAGGAUCAUGCUCAUACUCAGAGGAAGCGGCAGUGCGAGGCACAGGUGGACCAACCCGGCACAGACAACAUCCAGAACCAGAAGAAACAGCAGUACCAGAUACCAAUGGACCAUCCAGACGACAUGCAGAGCCAGAAAAAACAUCAGUACCAAGUCCAGAUGAAUCACCAGGGCAUCCAGACUCAAAACAUCAAUACCAGACCCCCCUUGGACCACCAGGACCAGAUUCAAAUACACAAGAAACAGCUUUACCAGCUGGACAGCCAGAUCCAGAGACUCCAAACGGGCCUGGAACGAGACACUGGCAUCCUGACGGCUCCAUACAGUUCUGAAGGACCUCACCGAGUCCUCGGACAGACAGUACUAGAUCGGGACCCCACCAUGGGUCCAUAUCCUCUUUCACACAGGGCCCCGGGGCUCCACAUGGACCAGUUGCUGUCCAGGACAGCGUGGACUGAUGAGUCUCUGGUCCAGACGGCACAGUCAGUGAGCACCUGGCCAGGAAUCCACUCCAGGAUGCACCAUCAGGAGGACCUGCGCCCAAUCCCUACUCUGGACAUGUCCACCUCUGAUGGACAUGCCCACUUCUGAUAGACACACCCACAGUGUUUCAGAAAACACCUGACUGAUGUCCACUCUGUAUACAACGUCCUCAAUUUAAAGUUGUAUCACUCGCACCCUUUUAGUUAUUAAUGCUGUUGCCAUGGUGAUUGUGAUGUCAGUUGUCCUGUUUUUGUUUUUUGUUAACCAUUCAAGGACCACAACAAAUCUCAGCUGAUCCUGUUCAGACUGGACUCGCUGGGACCUACAGGGUUGCGUGACAUCUUUAAAAUGAAUUUCAGUUCUCUUUGAAAAGGAAACUUUUCUGUCUUUGUCCCUCAGGCGGAGACAUAAAACUGUCCGCUGACCAUGAUGUGUAAUCACGGUGUCCUUAGUUUCCAGUGACACACGGACCAACCUUCUCCAGAGGGAUCAGAAUCAUGUUCUCACCCUGAACCCUGAUGAACGUUAACCAGUUAACUAGACUAGUGUCUAUAAAACUGUCAGUCUAUCGGUGUUUGGGACACACUUUAAAUCGAGUUCAGUUUUCUCCAAAUUUAAACUAGAAAGUGAUCUAGUCUGUCUCUGGUACCAGGUCUCUGUGGAGGAUCCUUGAGGGGACAUCAGCUACCACAUUUUGUCCACAUGGUGUGUCUCUCUGGACAUGAUCCAGCACACUGGUGCCUCAGUGUUGAGGACCCCAGACUGGAGAAGGUCAAGGACACGCCCGAGUGUCACCUGCCUUGUGUUCUCCCAUUGGGUCAGCCAUCUUGCUACUCCCUGGGCAUGUGCGCUCCCACCAAAUCACAGAUGUGCAUGUCUUCUGCUCUUUGGAGGAAUAUCUCAUGUAAAGGGGUUCUGAAAUAAAUUUGGAGGACUCGUCCAGUAAUCGGUCCCCAUCGACCUCGUCAGAACGUCACACCUCAUGAUUCCGCCACCAGUCUUGUUUCUGUUGGAACAGCCUUCUUUCUAACCAUGUCACUUUCUGUUCCUUUAUGACAUCAUUGUUCAUGACUGCAGAAAACAGAAUGUCCUGAUACUAAAAUUAUUGGACCAUUUAAGGUCUUUUGUACUUUAACACAGCAAUGAUAAAAGUUUUCCAGAAGUUUCCGGAUUUUGCUGUUUUGUAAUGAUUUUACGCGUCUGCUGCGGCUUAAAGAUCUUGAGAGCAUUAGAUGUCUCACUCUGCUACACGGUCCAUGUUGAUGAAAUGAUUGGAGGUGUUCAAAGAGCAGCCGAGUGGUUUCUCUCCUCUACAAAUGAUCUUUGAGGCUCUGCAUGACCAGAUUACUGGUUUCAGCACUAUUUUAAUAAAAGCUGUAAAACGCC